GAAAAUCAGCUCGAGACCAGUCUGGUCUCCAGUGGCGGUGUCCAGUGGGAGCCAAUGGCAUCACUGGGGCAGGAUUUACAGGUGAAGGGCAGGUAUAAAACUUACCUGUGCUGUCUGCAGGAAACAACUGCAGUCAACUGUCUUCAGACGCAAACUGCUCUCUCAUCUCAAAGACAUCAUGCCCAGGAACUCAUCCGCCAGUGUGUACGGAGGGGCCGGAGGAAGAGGCGCCAAGGCAUCCGUGUCCAGUCUGGAGGGCCUGCGUAAUGUCAUGCGUAAUGACACUGAACGGGACUCUCCUGUGCCCGCCGAAGCUCCCAUCAAGCAAACGGCUGCACCCACCAAUAAAGCCGCCCCUCCAGCUGCCCCCGCGGACGACAACCAUACACUGCGAGGCCUGAACAAUAGGCUGACCGGCUACCUGAACCGAGUGAGGCAGCUGGAGAAGGAAAACAAGGCUCUGGAGGAUGAGAUAGAGGAGAUUUUGGCCAGGAGGUCAGCUCCAGAUGGCCGUGACUGGGACGAGGUUCAGAAACCACUGGAUGAUCUGAAGGACAAGAUAAAAGAAAUCACAAAGGAAAAUGCCAAGCUAUUACUGCAGAUUGACAACACUGAUCUAGCCAACAAUGAUUUGAAGAACAAACUGGAUGAUGAGAAGAAAGCAGUGAAGGCCAUAGAGAAGGAUCUGGAAGAACAGAGGAGGACCAUUGAUGAAACCAAGUUGAAAUGUGCCCAUCUGGAAAAAGACAUUGAGCUGGUGAAGACUGAGAUUGAAAACCUGAAAGAUGAACACAAAGGGGACGUGGCAGACCUGCGGGACAGGAUUAAGGACUCAGAGGUCAAAGUUGAAAUCGAAUCAUCUGAUUCCAACUUGACAGAAGCUCUGAACAAGAUUCGCAGCCAGUACGAUGAUUUGGUGAAAAAGACUGAGAAAGAAACAGAGGAUUGGUAUCAGAGCAAAUUCAAGACCAUCAAAGUUGAGGAGGCGAAAAACACAGAAGCCAUGAUGAAAAGCAAAGAUGAGUUUAAGGAUUUGUCAAAGGAGAAGCAACUACUGGAGAUCAAAAUCCAGAGUAUGCACACUACGAUUUACAGUUUGGAGCAAAACAUGAAAUCGACCAAAGUGGAUUAUGGAAUUCGCUUGGGUCCUCUGAACAAAAAGAUUAAAGAUCUGGAGGCUAACUUAAAGGAGUUCAGAAAUCAAGUGGAGAAGCAGCUGGAGAAGAACAAAGAUCUUCUACUGGUCAAGAUGAAGCUGGAGGAGGAGAUCCGCUACUACCAAGAGCUAAUGCAGGGCGUCACUGCUGAUCCUGACAGCUUGGAGUUUUCAUUAGAGGAAGCACUGGAUGAAGAUCAGCCACAGCUCAACAGUGAACCCCUAAAAAAAGAAGCAGAGGAAGAAGUGAAGCAAGAAAGCGCCCCAUCUGACAACAGUUCGAGGCCCCCAGAAAUUGUAGCCAAAACCGAGACCCCCUUCGAAGCACAAACAGCAUCUGAAGUGAAUAACACAGCUCCUCCGCCUCCUGUAAGUGAUGGGACAAAGAAGAAAGAAAAGAAAACUAAGAAGAGUUCAUCUUCAUCCUCAUCUUCCUCAUCCUCCUCUUCAUCAUCAUCAUCCUCUGAAUCUGAGGAUGAAAAACCAAAGAAUGAAACUACUGAAUAAUACUAUCACUUUAAUAAAGCAAU